AUAACGUUUAUCUCACACUGCAAAAACACUCUUCUCUCUCUCUCUCUCUCUCUCUCUCUCUCUCUCUCUCUCUCUCUAACCAUGAACAUGAAUCAAAAGAAGAAGAACAACAACAACUUUUCUUCGGAACCUUCCACACAAAACUUGUUUCAAUUUCAUCCUUCGUUAAACCCAUUUCUUCAAACCCAAAAUCCAAUCUUCAUAAUUCCCCCAAUCAAACCCUAAAUCCCAUUAAUCACUGCACGAAAAUUUGUUUUUGCGACACCAGAUCUGUGACUGUUCGCUCAAAAUACCGUUGUUCUUUGUUUGCGACAUUUUAGUCAUCUCCUUCAUCAAGAACUCAAGAAUCUGGACGAGGAGUCGAGGACAUUGAGAUGCUGCUUCCUAACUCUGAUGUGGUUGUUGAAGAAGUGGACUGAGGUGUUUCACUGCACUCUUGAAAUUAAAAUUUUGUAGAGAUAAAUAAGGUUAACCUGCAAAGCAGAUUGUGAAAAGAUGGGUGAAGCAGUUGACACGCCAACGAGGCUACACAGAUCAGAUGGUUGAGGAUGCAGAUGCCUUCAUUUUCACCUUUGGCUCUUAUCAACUUGGGCACUGCUACAAAUGUGGAGAUUGAGUUACCCGUGCCUGCUGAUGCAACCACUCCAAAUGUGCGAACAUCAAUGGGAUCUGCAGCAUAUGCACCUGAGAAAGAUGCAUUAAUCUGGAAAAUAAGAUCCUUUCCUGGAGGCAAGGAGUACAUGUUAAGGGCAGAGUUUCGGCUUCCCAGCAUAACAGACGAGGAAGCAGCUCCCGAGAGGAAAGCUCCUAUCCGUGUAAAAUUUGAGAUACCAUAUUUUACCGUGUCUGGAAUACAGGUAAGAUAUUUGAAGAUCAUUGAGAAAAGUGGGUAUCAGGCUCUUCCAUGGGUGAGAUAUAUGUUGUCGUGUGUGACCAUUAAGUCAAACUGGCAUUGACUAUAUAAAUUCUGAGAUUCUUAUAUGUUGCCUUCGAUGACCCUUUAGUCCAAUUGUUAUUGCUAUAUAUAAAUACUGAGAUGGAUAUAUGUUUGCGUUAGAUGACCCUUAAAUCAAGUCCUGAGAUGAUAUAUGUUGCCUUCGAUGACCCUUAAAUCAAAUUGUUAUUGGAUAUAUAAAUUCAGAUAUGGUUAAUUAUUGUUUCGAUGACGCUUAAGUCCAAUUGUUGGCUAUAUAAAUACUGAGAUGGAUAUAUGUUGCCUUCGAUGACCCUUAAAUUAAAUUGUUAUUUGAUAUAUAAAGUUAGAGAUGGUUAACUGUUGACUAGAUGACCCUUAAGUCCAAUUGUCAUUGGUUAUAUAUACUGAGAUGGAUAGAUGAUGCCUUCGACGACCCUUAAAUUCUGAGAUGGUUAUAUGUUUCCUUCGAUGACCCUUAAGUCCAAUUAUCAUUGGUUAUAUAUACUGAGAUGGAUAGAUGAUGCCUUCGACGACCCUUAAAUUCUGAGAUGGUUAUAUGUUUCCUUCGAUGACCCAUUGUUAUUGGCUAUAUAAAUUCUGAGAUGGUUAAAUGUUGACUCGAUGACUCUUAAGUUAAAUUGCUGCUGGCGAUUUAAAUUUAGAGAUUGUUAUAUGUUGCCUCAAGUAUACUUAAGUCCAAUUGCUAUUGGCUAAAUAAAUUACCGGAUGGUAAAAUGUUGUCUCAAUGACCCUCAAGUCCAAUUAUUAUUAGUUAUAUAAAUUCUAAGAUGGAUAUAUGUUGUGUCGUGACCAUUAAGUCAAACUGGCAUUGACUAUAUAAAUUCUGAGAUUCUUAUAUGUUGCCUUCGAUGACCCUUUAGUCCAAUUGUUAUUGCUAUAUAUAAAUACUGAGAUAGAUAUAUGUUUGCGUUCGGUGACCCUUAAAUCAAGUCCUGAGAUGAUAUAUGUUGCCUUCGAUGACCCUUAAAUCAAAUUGUUAUUGGAUAUAUAAAUUCAGAUAUGGUUAAUUAUUGUUUCAUUGACGCUUAAGUCCAAUUGUUAUUGGCUAUAUAAAUACUGAGAUGGAUAUAGGUUGCCUUCGAUGACCCUUAAAUUAAAUUGUUAUUUGAUAUAUAAUGUUAGAGAUGGUUAACUGUUGACUCGAUGACUCUUAAGUUAAAUUGCUGAUGGCGAUUUAAAUUUAGAGAUUGUUAUAUGUUGCCUCAAGGGUACUUAAGUCCAAUUGCUAUUGGCUAAAUAAAUUACCGGAUUGUAAAAUGUUGUCUCAAUGACCCUCAAGUCCAAUUAUUAUUAGUUAUAUAAAUUCUAAGAUGGAGAUAUGUUGUCUCGUGACCAUUAAGUCAAACUGGCAUUGACUAUAUGAAUUCAUAAGCACAAUUUGGGGAAAAGGAGCUUGCAUCCCCUUUUUUGCUAUUCGCUGUGCAUAUUUGUUUUCAAGAGUAUUUGGUGAGCAUGAUAUUUUUAUACAUUUGUUGGGAUAAUCGUCACUCUGUUGAUGAUGAUUUAAACAGUGGUGACCUGGUGGAUUGGGUAUCGUGUCAACACAUGCUGUUGUUUAUGCCUGACUAAUUACUGAUGGUUGAGAUUAUGGAGUGCAUGGUAAUUAUAUACCUUAAUCAUCCAAACUUCUGUUGUUAGACUCAGAUUUCAAUUAAUUAACGAUCUGUCCAAUUGGAAUAUUGGAAGGCUUCAUUGUCCAGCUGUGUCGCCUGGAUGAUCACAUACCUCUUCCUGGCAUAAUUGUUGGCGAUAUUGGAAUGAUAUUUGGAAAUGGACCAUAUAACACUAUGGACAAUGGAGUUCUGAGGUUUGAAAUCUAAGAAUUCCGAGGGAUCAAAUGUUAAUGAGGUUAGUUUGACUUACCUAUAUAUACCUCUCUUCCAUCAUAGUUUGGCAUUUUAGGGUAUUUAAUUCAUAUAUGAUCUUCAUUGAAAGUCUAGUCCCUUUCAUUCAUAAGAAGUAAUAACAACAGUGUUGGCUUUUAAAUAGCGGAAAGUGGAUUGAUUAUUGAUAUAGGUCAUUUGUCUUAAUACUCUAUCCGGUUUUAAAUAUAAGCAAAAGUCAAAAUGUAUUUCCAAAAUAAGCAAAACGUAAACUGAAAUUUUAAAUUGCCAUUGCUUAUACAUUCAUGUCAAUCUAUGCCGAUUAUCACUAUUUUUAUUUAAUUCCACCAGAGUUUUGCGGAUUACAAGGGAAGGAAAAUAUGUACAAUCCAAUGUUCCUAGAUAAUUAGUUUACGGUACUAUGGUAUAUGUGAGACAAACAAUUGUCUCUAAUGCGUCCACUGCUAUGUGGAGACUGUUUGCAUUGCUACAAGAUAUAGUGCUGUUCGAAGACAGUUUGGGGCAAGUAAUGGAGGUCUUGAAUAAAGAGAUGCUCCUGGGAUUUUCUUUAAAUUAAAAAGAAUGAAAAAUGCAUUUAAAAGGGGAUGAAUCAUUUAUCGAACUGACAACUAGUAUUAAAUUACACGGCAUAGCAAACACAAUAAAAGGACGAGACUUCAAAUAAGGUAGCUGCCUUUGUAACAAAGUAGAGAUGCUUGUUUUAUUGUCAAUGUAUGUGUGGGUUUGAGACACACAUUAAAAUUAUUUUCUUAUAACACAUAACUGGAAUGGUUAGUUGCAGUCUUGAUGAACCUAGGUGGUAUUGUUUUGAGGCUUUGAGCCAUUGAUAACCCUGGAACUUCGCGGUUGCUUUGGAUCAGAUUUGGCAAAAUAUAAAUAAGCUUGUUUUCCAGGUUACUUAGUAUUGAUCAAUGGUUCUACACGCAGUCUCAAUCAGGUUAGGAGGUGUCUGAUAGUCUUGCUUGCAAAGCGUGGCCUAACCCCGAGUUUUAGUUCUCUCACAUCUUUUAUUUCGUUAGCUCAUCAUUCUGAUGUAGCAUCAAUCUUUUAUCUAUUUGCGUAUGACUUAUAUUUGAUGCCUGAUGGUUCGAUUUCAGAUUUUCUACUCAAGAACCUAUAUUCUUGUCAAAUCAAAUUUUAAUAGGGUUUAUAAACCCUAUUAAAAUUUGAAAAAGGGGUGUUAGUUUUGAGCUUAAUAACCCCAAAUCUGAUCCAAGAUUGAUACUUUGUUCUAUGAUAUAUUUAAGGGAUGAGAUGAGAUGUUUUGAUGAUUCUAAAGGAAACUAAAAUACGAAAUAUUUAUUCAUAUUGUAAAAGUUGGUUGGGUGAGUUAAAUGCAAUUUUAUUAUGAAUUUCUAUCCAUGAUAUCUAUGGUGCUAUAUUUGUUCUUUUAUGACGAAAAAUGCAGUUGCAGACUAUGCC